CGCAACCUUAAAUUCUCGCCUUCCAAGAAAAAGAUCUUAAAUCAACGUCCGCGCAUCAUCGUGACCAAAUCCUUCCUCAGACAAAUCCAUCGUGAUAUCGAUUGCGAAGCAGCUAUGACGCUCAUUCCAGCAGACACAAAGGAUGCGAAGGGACCUCAGCGCCCCCCAGCAAUGCCCACGACAAAUCCCUUUCCGAACCCAAUCCUCGUGCCGGAGUUCAAUCAUCCAGAUCUUCCACCAUACUCCGAGACCGAUACAGCAUCGUAUACUCGUGAGCUCCCGCCUCCACCUCCUCCUCGGGCUCAGCCGCCUUCCCAGAAGAUCCCAGAAUCAAACGCCAUAAACGCACACAGCGAGGUCCACAUCACGGGACCAUUGCAUGUUCUCGGAUCAGUCAAGUCAUCUUCCAACAUCGAGCUCUCAAACGGAAUCGAAGUUGAUGGCAAGGUUUCCUCAUCUUCCCAUGUCACAUUAUCCAACAACGUUAUUGUGCACGAGAAAAUCGAUAGUAGCGGCAAGAUCACGUUGUUUGAGGGCGUCAAGGUAGACGGAAAAUUAGCGGCGCGUGGAUCGGUUGAUUUGCGGAAUGGCGUCAGUGUUGGGGACAAAGUUGAUGCUAGCGGCUCUGUUACUAUAGAUGGAGGAGAGUUGGGUGUCAAAAUCACAGGCAAGAUCUCCGCUAGUGGCUCAGUGGAUAUUAGAGGCAACGUGCAGGUUGGCGGGGAUAUAAACUGCAGUGGCAAGGCUUCGAUUCGAUUUCACGAGAAGGGCGUCGCCAACAUUGGGGGCAAGAUCACUCCAAGUGGCGGAACCACGAUUGAAGGUGACGUGAUAUUUGAGAAGGAUCUAUAUCUCUCGGGUGCACUCACCAUCAAUGGCCAGUUACAUUGCAAGGGGGAUUUCGAGGUUAAGGGGAACGUCUCUCUGAAGCCUGGUAGUAACUUGAUAGUUGACGGGAAAAGGACUAUUCAUGGGAGCUUGAAGGAAGUGAAGUAAAACGAAGAUACCCCGACUGUAGGACACGAACCCGAACUACCGUUCACCUCAGACUUUGCUUUUUUGUAGUUUGCAAUUAAAGGUGAUGUCAAUUCAAUUUCCAUUGAGGUUCUCUGCGUGGCUUUCGUUACGUGUAAGUGAUGUAUUAUAGCAGCCCACUUUACAAAGUUCAAUCUCAACGGACGAAAAAGAGAAACGCCUCAAGCCCAUCCUUUCCCC